UUUAUAUAAUUAUGGAAAUAAAAUUUGUUUAUAAAUGAUCGCGCGCUGAGACAGAGAAGGUGUAGUGUGAGCGGUUGUGAAUCUUGUGAUAGAGAUAUUGUGAACCAUGGCGAGUCUGGUGAUGUGUAGGCAGCUCUCUCGUUCUCUCUCUUCUGCUUCUGCUUCUUCUUUGUUUUCUAUAGGUAGGAAUGCUACCCGGAGCAGAGUAAGUUGUAAAUAUAGCACUGCUGCUGCUGCUGCUGCUGUUGAGGAUCCAAUCACUCCACCGGUUAAUGUAAAUUUUAAGCAGCUUUUGAUUGAUGGAAAAUUUGUCAAUGCUGCAUCAGGGAAGACUCUUCCAACAUUGGAUCCCAGGACAGGGGAUGUGAUUGCUCAUGUUGCUGAAGGUGAUGCUGAAGAUAUAAAUCGAGCGGUUGCUGCUGCUCGUAAGGCUUUCGAUGAAGGACCGUGGCCAAAGAUGACCGCUUAUGAAAGACAAAGGAUACUCUUGCGCUUUGCCGAUUUGAUUGAAAAGCACAAUGACGAAAUUGCGGCACUUGAGACUUGGGACAAUGGAAAGCCAUAUGAACAGGCUACUAAAGUUGAAGUUCCAAUGAUGACACGUCUGAUACGAUACUAUGCUGGUUGGGCAGAUAAGAUUCAUGGUCUCACAGCUCCAGCUGAUGGACCAUACCAUGUGGAAACCUUGCAUGAACCUAUUGGUGUUGUGGGUCAGAUUAUUCCAUGGAAUUUUCCUCUUCUCAUGUUUGCUUGGAAGAUCGGUCCUGCAUUAGCAUGCGGCAACACUAUUGUUCUUAAAACAUCAGAGCUAACACCUUUGUCUGCUCUCUUUGUAGCAAAUCUAUUGCACGAGGCUGGACUUCCUCCAGGUGUUUUAAAUGUGAUUUCUGGUUUUGGUCCAACUGCUGGUGCAGCUAUUGCCAGUCAUAUGGAUGUGGAUAAGGUUGCUUUCACUGGAUCAACAAAUACAGGAAAAGCUAUUCUUGAAAUGGCAGCGAAGAGUAAUCUUAAGUCAGUAACUCUGGAACUUGGAGGGAAAUCCCCCUUUAUUGUAUGUGAGGGUGCUGAUGUAGAUAAAGCUGUUGAGCUUGCGCACUUUGCUUUGUUCUUUAAUCAGGGACAAUGCUGCUGUGCUGGCUCUCGUACAUUUGUACAUGAAAGUAUAUACGAUGAGUUUGUAGAGAAAGCAAAGGCUCGUGCUUUGAACCGUACUGUUGGUGACCCAUUUAAGGGGGGCAUUGAACAAGGUCCUCAGAUUGAUACGAAACAAUUUAAGAAGAUCAUGAAAUACAUAAAAUCUGGUGUUGAAAGUGGAGCUACACUUGAAGCUGGAGGAGACAGACUUGGCAACAAGGGCUACUAUAUACAGCCCACGGUUUUCUCAAAUGUUAAGGAUAACAUGUUGAUAGCAAAGGAAGAGAUAUUUGGGCCAGUGCAGUCCAUCCUGAAAUUCAGGGACCUUGACGAGGUGAUACGAAGAGCAAAUGACACUCAUUAUGGGCUUGGUGCUGGGGUGUUUACACAGAACAUAGACACUGCUCAGACUUUGACACGUGCGCUACGAGUUGGGAGCGUGUGGGUAAAUUGCUUUGAUAUAUUUGAUGCUGCAAUUCCUUUUGGUGGGUACAAGAUGAGUGGGCAGGGCCGAGAAAAAGGUAUCUACUCUCUUUCAAAUUACUUGCAAGUGAAGGCUGUCAUUACUUCUUUGAAGAAUCCAGCAUGGCUCUAAAUUCAACAAGCUACAUACUCCUUUGAAGAAUCCAGCAUGCAUGGCUCUAAAUUCACAAAUAAAGCAAAUAACGGUUCCAAAUUUGAGGCUGUAAGCCUGUAAUUGCAAACUUUAUAUAUAAUUUA